CUAAAAAACAAACAAUAAUCCUCUCUCUCUCUCUCCUCUCUCUUUCUCUCUCCUCUUUCAAGAGCUUCACGGUCUCUCCCACAUCAAGAUUUCCGUUCAAAUCUUGAACGCCAGACCUGAUCUCUCCAAUCCUUCAAAAACAUCAUCCAGUAUUCCGAAAAUACCCUCUCCCCAAAGAUCAAAAUCUUUGUCUGCACAUGAGAGAUUUGAAUUCCCAACAUGAUCGUUAGAACCUACGGCCGUCGCAAUCGCGGAAAGGGCGGCGGCGGGGACGACGACGACGAUUUCUCGGACGGCUUCGACGAGCCUAUUUUGUCACAGGAAAACCCUCAGGACGUGUACAGCUUCGCAUUCUCGUCUCAAGAUUCGUCCCACUGGUCCCUGAAUUCGGAGCCCUACGCCUCGAAUUCGUCCCAGGAAGCCCGCGAAUUGUCGAUUAUACCCCCGAGGAGGCACGGCGGCGGUUACGGGGAAGGGGAAGAGGGUUGUUUUCGGAAAUCGAAGAAGGCGAGGGUUAACGGGAACCACAAGGGUUUUGAUUUGCUGCCCAAGAGGGUGAAGUCGGGUGCGGUGGCCGGGACUGCGACGUUGAUGGAGACGCAGGAGUGUGGGGAGAUGAUGGAGCACGUGGACGAGGUGAAUUUCGCGCUGGACGGGUUGAGAAAGGGGGGCCAGCAGAUUCGGGUCCGGCGCGCGAGCUUGUUGUCGUUGUUGUCGAUUUGCGGCACAGCGCCGCGGCGGCGGUUGCUAAGAACUCAUGGGAUGGCAAGAACAAUAAUUGAUGCUGUUUUGGGACUCCCUUUCGAUGACUCACCUAGCAACUUGGCUGCUGCAGCUCUCUUUUACAUUUUGACUAGCGAUGGUCAAGAUGAACACCUUUUGGAUUCUCCAAGUUGCAUCCGUUUUUUGAUCAAGUUGUUGAAACCGCUUACACAUGGUGUUAGUAAAGACAAGGCAUCAACUAUCAGCUCCAAGCUUAUAGCGUUACGUAAGAAUGUUGAUAUCUUACAAGAUACUAGUAAAGGAACAGAUUCCACCUCUGCUGCAAUUAUGCUUAAAGUUCAGGAAGUUCUUGUAAGUUGCAAGGAAAUGAAGUCAAGUGAUGGAAAGGAUAACGCAAUGACGACGCCAAAGUUGACUCCAAAGUGGAUAGCUUUGUUGACUAUGGAGAAAGCUUGCUUAUCUACCAUUUCUCUUGAAGAUACCUCUGGCACUGUAAGGAAGACUGGAGGCAACUUCAAGGAAAAGUUGCGAGAGCUUGGAGGACUUGACGCGGUCUUUGAUGUGGCCCGGAGUUGUCAUGUUGUUAUGGAGAGAUGCUUGGAGAAAAGUUCUUUCUCAAGUCAGGAGCUGGAAGAAAAUGCGGUUUUAGAAAGUCUGGUGCUGCUUUUGAAAUGUUUGAAGAUCAUGGAAAAUGCCACAUUCCUUAGUAAGGACAAUCAGUGUCAUUUGCUGGAAAUGAAAGGGAGCUUCAACCAUCAGGGUUCUCCUCGAUCGUUCACAAAACUCAUUAUAAGUGUGAUCAAGAUUCUCUCAGGUCUUUCCUUGUCUAGAAAUUCUUGCGGUAACUCUGAUGAUGACAAUUUCUGCAAUAUUUCAAAUGGGACUCAUAAUCAUUCUGAAAUGCUUCUAUUGACUGACCGUAAAGAGGGUGGUGACGAGAUUAUAUCCAUCAGUUCUUCUUUAAGGUGCUCUAGCAUAGACGGGACCUCUUCUCAGAAGAGCUUCAGGCUAUCUCAGAACAGUCGAUGGCUGUCCACUGGCCGCUCGGAAGUUUCUAAACCGACUUCUGAAACUAUGACAUCAUCUGAAGCUGGUACUUUCUUGUUGAAGAUGAGAGUCGAUUCUUCCACUUCUAGUUCAUCCAGUGGUGCACCUGUUAAGGGGAAUGAUUCAAAACUGAAGUUUAGUCUUGGAAAAAAAUGCAAGGUUGCUGAAGACACCAAUUUUAAACUUCUAGAAGACAGUGUGGAUCCUUUUGCUUUUCAAGAAGAUGAAUUUGAACCCUCUAAGUGGGACUUGCUAUCUGGGGUAGGGUCCGUAGGGAAACUUUCUGAAGCUCAAAACAGAAAAGCAGCCUAUAGAGAAAAGGAAAUAGGGUGUCAAUCGCAACUAAUAUUGAGCCAACAAGAGUCAAGUAACGGAGAGAACCCUUAUUCAGGCGCUUCUUGUUCAUCUGCUCUUGUUGAAGAAAAAUCCAACCUUCUAGCAGAAUGCCUUCUCACAGCUGUUAAGGUCCUGAUGAACUUAACAAACGACAACCCCAUGGGUUGUCGGCAAAUUGCUGCUUGUGGAGGGCUGGAAACUCUGUCCUCAUUGAUUGCUGGCCACUUUCCAUCCUUCAGUUCAUCUCUGUCACCUUUCCGCGAUAUAAGCGAUAAUACCUUGUCUAAUUCAAAUCUCACGAUUGAACAUCAGAAUGAGAGUCAUCUAUCUGAUCAAGAAUUAGAUUUUCUUGUUGCUAUUUUGGGAUUGCUUGUCAACCUGGUAGAGAAAGAUGGCGAGAACAGAUCUAUGCUUGCAGCAGCGAUUGUUUCAUUGCCUGGUGUUCAAGGGCUAGAAGAGGAGAGGCAUAGUAAUGUGAUUCCAUUACUGUGCUCCAUCUUUUUGGCCAAUCAGGGGGCUGGUGAGGCAGCUGAAGAAGGAAGGGCUCUAGCCCUGGAUGAUGAGGAAGCUUUGUUACAGGGUGAAAAAGAAGCCGAGAAAAUGAUUGUAGAGGCUUAUGCAGCCCUUCUUCUAGCUUUCCUUUCAACUGAAAGCAUGAGCAUACGUGGUGCUAUUGCUGAAUGUCUCCCAGAUCACAAGCUGGCAAUUCUUGUACCUGUGUUGGAGAGAUUUGUGGAAUUUCAUUUGACGCUAAACAUGAUAUCACCGGAGACCCACACUACCGUGCUUGAAGUAAUCGAAUCGUGCAGGGUGCCCUGAGAGCACAAGAAGAGCACGGAGAAUCUGUACAGCCUGAACCUUCCGUUGGAUCCUCUAUUUGUUGUUACAAACCGCCCAAGUAGAAAAAUCAUAUUGCCUCGUAUGGUCUAUCCUAACCAUAGGCCUGUAUUUUUAGUCUUGUAUUUUCUAGCUUUUGCUUUCUUUUUCUUUUUUUUUUUGGCCCCCUUUUGCGUUAUUUUUGGCAGCAUUUUUUCUCACCAUAUUGGGUGUUGGCCGAGAUGCCUUUACACAAGAAAGUCAUAGCAAAAUCUCGUUGUCAAUAGCAUUUGUAAUGUCUAUUUUUGUUUAUUAUAGUUCCAUACUGUUUUUUGAA